GAGGGAAACUCUUCGGCAACGCCCAUCAUCGGAGGCGCCCCCCAGACUGGCUCAAGGGUCUGAAAGGCAGCGCUAACACAGCUUCUUCAGGUUCAAGGCAGUUACUUUUCGGUCAGCACUUUAUCCGUGCACCUUCUUUCACAUUCAUUUCUUGGAUCCCCUGUUUCGUCCAGUUUCCUGAUGCUCGCUAUUGGGAAGGCGCAGUGCACCGCAUGCGUGGUGGCGUUUCUCUUGCAGAACGAGAUGCCCGCCGCGAACGCCGAGGUGAUGCAGGCGGGAUAUCGUGCUCAUCGUAUCUUCUCUAAGCACAACGCCUCGCGAAUGAGUACUCAUGCGCAGGACACGACGAGAGACUUCAGCACCGUCGAGGUCCUCAAUUUGGCCGACACGGACAGCAACCUUGUAGCACUUCGUAACAGCUUUUCGGACGGGGCCCACGGGUACAUGGCUAGCUGGGUCACGGGGCUUGUCGCUCGUUUUUCGUUGGCGGGGUUCAACAACGUCGAGGUUCUGAAUUUGACUGCCGCGGACAGCGACAUCCAAAGCUGCGCUGGCGCGUUUCCUGCUGGGACCUUCGGGUAUGUGAUCAGCCGUACCGGAAAAGUUGUUCGCUUCUCGCUGCUAGGGUUCAACAGUGUCGAUGUCAUCAACUUGGCUACCACGGACGGCGAUCUCAAUAGCAUGAGUUUUGGAUUUACGGACGGAAGCUACGGGUACGCGAUUUCGACGAACGGGAAAGUCGCUCGUUUUUCCUUGUCUGGGUUGAGCAACGUCGAGGUCCUCAGCUUGGGCCAGGGCUACGUAGGGUGGUUCAGCGGCGGAUUUACAGAUGGGACUCACGGGUAUUUAAUUCCGCUGUCGUUGAACCUAGCUGGAAGAGUUGUUCGUUUCUCGUUGUCUGGGUUCAACAAUGUCGAGGCCCUAGCGGUUGGGGUUCGCAGUUUUAAUGGCGGCUUCACGGACGGGGUCCACGGAUACCUGGUCCCGUGGUUCGAAGACGGCGGACCACAUUCUGGAAAAGUCGUUCGUUUCUCGCUGUCAGGGUUCAACAAUGUCGAGAUCCUCGACUUGGAAACCUGGGACAGCGGGCUCAGGGGGUUCGGCGGCGGCUUUACAGACGGGACGUACGGCUACGUUGUUCCAUACCAUCAAUUUUCAAAAGUUGUUCGUUUCCCGCUGUCUGGGUUCAACACCAUUGAAGUCCUCAGCUUGGCCGACGAGGACGGCGAGCUCAGGGGAUGCUAUGGCGGUUUCACAGACGGGAUUUACGGGUACGUGAACCCGUAUUACAAAAACCGUGAAUUAUUUGGUGUUGGAUAUUGAAUCGCUUCGCUCAUUCCGCCGGCCCGUAUUGUGCCAUCGCGGGUUCUUGGGGGG